AUGAAGUUGACCACCAUCGCCUCCGCCAUCCUACUCAGCGGCCUCGCUGCCGCCGACGACAUCCAGUCCAAGCCCUUCAAGCUUGUCCUCGACUCUUCCAAUGGCAGAAUCAACGGCAAGAUCAUCUCUUCCUGCCACUCAGGCGCCGCGAUUGAGGGCCUCUGCCUCAGCAACGACGCUCCCGGUCCUUACACCACCUACUACCUCAACACCACCGAGGGCGCCACCAGCCCCGUCACGGGCUACGGUGCUUCAGGAAAGCUCGUCUGGAACCUCCCUCUUCAGAACCAAUACGUGUCCGAGCCCAUGCAGUUCACCUACGACCCUUCCACCAACGUCGCGCACCCUCUUUUCCAGCCCUCUUACACUGCCACCUAUGUCGCUUUUGGAGACGAGGACAACGAGCUGGCCCUCUUCAGCUACGUCGACGACACCGUCAACCCUCCCCGGGCUGGGAACUUCAAGGCCCUCAAGCAGUGGUAUGCCUGCACGACCUACUACACCGGCUACACGUACCUGACCCUUAAUUGGGUUGUUGGCAAGGGCAAGCCGCAGAACCCUACCUGCGUCAAGACGCAGGUCAAGCGUGUCUUUAUCUAA